AUGGGUGCUACCAAUGGCAAAGGCUCGGGGAAAGGCCGCCCUGGUGGCUGGGAGCCUCUCGGUGCCCGAGUUGGGAAGCUAGAAGCAAAGAUGGCCGCUUUAGAGGCCAAGCGUGCCAAAGAAGAAGCAGAACAAGAGAAGGCAGACAUGCUCGCAGCAGCGGCCGCAAGAGCCAAAGCAGAAGCAAGCAUGCUGCUUGCCAAAGCUGGGGAUGACCAAUCUUUGAGCCAUAUGCCUACGUGCAGGACUCGUAGCCGUAGCAACCCCCGCAGCAAAAUGAUGGCCGACAUCAGCAGUGACGAUGAAUGCUCUAGCAGCAAAGGCAAAGUCGUCGCAGCAUCCGAUCUGAAUGGUUUGUUCCAGUCAGUGGGCAUGACACGCCGUGUCCCAAAAGGGGUAUGGACCACGGACAAACUGACCGAAGCCAUCGUGAACCAUGCUGAAUUUGAGCGAAAACAGUGGGUGACCCAGUCCAAACAAUUAGUGGAGGGGCCUGCUCCGCGGGACAAUGUACAGUUGGUCAAAGCUGUGCUGAAAGCAUAUGGGGCGUGA